GAGCAAAGGGAAAGAAGAGAGGAGGAGGAGGAGGGAGAAAGCGAGCAGGGAGGGAUCUAAGCUAGGGCUGCAGCGUGGCUCUGUGUCUGAAUGAAAGAGGGUCUCUCUCUCCCAUUCUUUCCUGCUGUCUGUCUCUCUGUAUGUAUGGCUUAUAUCCGGUGCAGCAAGUGAGCGCAUGUCCAGAGCAAACAUAGUUGGACUCUCCAAAUGACUUCAAGCUGGAAGUAAAUAUUUUUCAGAAACUUUGGCUGAAGAACUUUCAAUUUUCAAAUGCUUUUUGAAUUCCAUCCCUUUUUUUCUGAGAAGCUGGAAUACUUCUCAGAAAUGUGACUGUUUUUUUUGUUUUUUUUUUGAGGAUUGCUUAAAAUCCAGAAAACUAAUUUUUGGGAAAUUAUCAUGUGAUGGACAUUAAGCAACUUCAGUAACUGGAAGACUUGAAAACCUCAUCUCCUUUGAGAAUUUGUGUUGUGAUCCACCAUACUUUGGGGCACCGGUUCUGCCAACCAACUUCAGAUCUCCUCACCAACAAAAGAAAUUCCCUGGAUCUACAUCAGUGUGGCCUUAUAUACACACAUCACAGGGCCAUCUUGCCAUAGAAGCAGGAUGUGUGGGUUGAUAAUUUAACCAGCGCAAUCCUGAUCGCUCUGUAGGUCUCUGGCCAACUUGCAGGCAGGUGUGAGUCAGUGUGUUUGAUACACACACAUUCACACAUGGCUGCCUAAAACUGCAGAGUCCAGGACACCAAAUGAGGACAUUAAAAACUAUAAAAUAUUAUAGGGAUUUUAACUUUCACUUUCAAACCUGUGCUUGACAGAUGCUGGUGGAGAUGUAACAUGUACAUUGGCUUAUACUGAAACAUCACAUACAAACUACUUUGAUUAACGGCAUUAUUGGGUCAAGAGCCACUCUGUCCUGAACUGAAAGACAGCAUUUUUACACCAUGACCCUACAGACCUGUAAUUUGGUCCCCCAGUGCAUCCUGCAGCACACCUUCUUCCCUCACCUACUUCUGUCUGUGCUGCUGUUGCUCCUCCAGGCUUGGUGGGGGAGCUGUCACCCCCAGUGUUUGGACUACAAGCCUCCGUUUGAGCCCCGGCAGCCAUUGGUCUUCUGCAAGGAGUACUCCAAGUUUGGAUGCUGUGAUCUGGAGGAGGAUCGAAAGAUAUCAGUCAGGUUUUACAACAUCAUGGAAAACUUUGACAGUUCAGGUUAUGUCUCCUGCGGCAAAUACAUACGCAGCAUCCUCUGCCAGGAGUGUUCUCCAUACGCUGCCCACCUGUAUGAUGCUGAAGAUGCUAACACACCCAUGCGGGUGCUGCCUGGACUGUGUGGUGAUUACUGCUCCGAGUACUGGCAUCAGUGUCGGUACACACUCAGUCUCCUCUUGGAGGACAUAGGGGGCCCGCAGCAGUUUGCGAACCUGACGGCAACAAUAGAAGAAGAUCGCAGAAAGUUCUGUGACUUUCUGGAGCUGAAGGACAAACAGUACUGCUAUCCAAAUGUAUUGACAAAUGCAGAGCUAAAUGCUAACCUCGGCUCGGUACGUGAAAAUCCUAAAGGUUGUAUGGAGUUGUGUUUAGAGGAGGUUGCCAACGGGCUCCGCAACCCCGUGGCCAUGAUUCAUGCAGAUGAUGGAACUCAUCGCUUCUUUGUGGCGGAGCAGCUGGGUUACGUCUGGGUGUAUUUGGCCAACGGCUCCAGGAUCGACCGUCCUUUCCUCAACCUCACCCGGGCUGUCCUCACGUCACCAUGGGCCGGAGACGAGAGGGGAUUCCUCUGCAUAGCUCUGCACCCAAGGUUCACAACAGUCAGAAAAGCCUAUGUGUACUACUCUGUGUCUGUCAAGAGGGAGGAGAGGAUACGUAUCAGCGAGUUCACACUGUCAACAUAUGAUGAUAACCAACUAGACCACUCGUCUGAGAGAACCAUCCUUGAGGUGGUAGAGCCGGCAUCCAAUCAUAAUGGAGGGCAGCUUCUGUUUGGCCAUGAUGGCUAUCUGUACAUCUUCAUCGGUGAUGGUGGCCGAGCUGGUGACCCCUUUGGGGAGUUUGGCAAUUCACAGAACAAGUCGACACUUCUUGGCAAGGUGCUGCGGAUUGAUGUUGACAACAAUGACGAUGGCGCCCCGUACAGCAUUCCAUCAGACAACCCGUUCCUGGGGGAGAAUGAAGCGCGACCUGAGAUUUAUGCCUAUGGAGUGCGCAACAUGUGGCGUUGCUGCAUUGACCGUGGUGACCCCGCUACAGGCCGAGGGAGAGGCAGGAUGUUUUGUGGCGACGUGGGCCAGAACAAAUAUGAAGAGGUGGACCUCAUUGUUAAAGGGGGAAACUAUGGAUGGAGGGCCAAAGAAGGCUUCAGCUGCUACGAUCGCAAACUCUGCCAAAACUCAUCUCUAGACGACAUCUUGCCUAUCUUUGCCUACCCCCACAAGUUGGGCAAAUCAGUGACAGGAGGAUACAUCUACAGAGGCUGUGAAAUGCCCAACCUCAACGGACUCUACAUCUUUGGGGAUUUCAUGAGUGGGCGUCUGAUGUCUUUAAAGGAGGAUGUCACCACAGGUGAAUGGCAGUACAAUGAGAUCUGUAUGGGAACAGACCAGACCUGCAGAUUCCCCAGACUCAUCAACAGUUAUUACAAAUACAUCAUCUCUUUUGCUGAGGAUGAGGCAGGUGAACUUUAUUUCUUAGCCACAGGAGCCCCGAGUGCCGCAGCCAGAGCAGGAGUUGUAUUUAAGUUUGUGGACCCUUCCAGGCGAGCUCCACCAGGAAAAUGCAGCAUCAAGCCUUCACAUGUUAAGAUAAAGGGAAAACUGAUUCACUUCCACCCCAAAGAAGAGUUUGUAAUCAACAAGAAACCGACCACAACACCUGUUCCCACAACAAUGACAAGACAAACUACAACAACAACAAAAAAACCACCAAGAAAACCUAUGAUAAUAAUAAAACCACCAAUGCCAACAAGAAAAACAAUAAGAAAAACUCAACCACCACCACCAUCAACAGCAACAACCAGAAAAACAACAUUUCAGACGACAAGAAAAACAACAACGAGAAAGACAACAUUACCACCUUCAACAACAGCAACAACCAGAAAAACAGCAUUGCAGACGACAAGAAAAACAACAACGAGAAAAACAACAUUACCACCAACAACGGCAACUAUAAAAGCAACAGUAAUAAAAACAACCUCGGCCACAACAAUAAAACCAACAACCUUACCCACAACUGUGCAGAUGGCCAUGGCAACAACUCCUGCCCCAACCACACCCACUGGUUAUCGCACAACCGUCAUGACUGCAGUCUCCUCUAGGAUUGCUCAAACCCCAAUCAUCACCACACGUCCAACAAGGAGACAUGGGAGACCCCUUCAUUAUCCCCCUAGUAGCACCACUUCCAAACUUUUAACCUCACCACUGCUUCCUCGUUCUCCAUCCACAACAUCUCUGAAACGAUCCCAGAUGGCUCUGACCUCUACACGUUACCCUGAGCGUGGUGGAGCAUUGACCACACCUCGUCCACCAUAUUGGAGCCAGAAACCCACCAUGUCACCCUACAAGACCCAAAGACAGCCAAUCAACGCCACGCUGCCUAAAGUACAGGAAGAGAAGCGGUGGCUUGGAGAGAGGCCAGAAAUUGCUGGGGAGGGGAACCAAGUAUAUAAGAGGCCCAGAGGAAGAGGUAGAGGUCACAUCUACAACAGAGGAAGAGGAGGGCGAAGGCUGAGGGUUGGCUCAGUGCGACUGGUGAGCGCUGGUGGUUUAAGAGAUCGAGGCAGAGUGGAGAUCUUCAUCCGUGGAGAGUGGGGGACAGUGUGCGAUGACCUGUUCACCAGCAAGGCAGGCACUGUGGUGUGUCGACAGCUUGGCUUCACGACGGCACUGGCAGUGGUGAAGAGGGCUGCACUGGGGGCAGCAGACAGCAGCGUCAGGAUCCUGUUGGAUGACGUGGAGUGUGAGGGUGGGGAAAAAUCGCUGCUGGAGUGCAAGAGAUCCAGGGUCGGGAAACACAACUGCUCACAUGGGGAGGAUGUAGGGGUGAUAUGCAGGUAGUACAGAGGGGUGAAAGUAGAAGAGCACAGGAAGGAAAGGAGGAGACAGUGGAGUGAUGCAUGGUACUGUCACACACAGGAAGUGAUAGGAUUAGGAGGAGGUGAGCAAAGACGAAGAGUUUUUGGAGAAGGUAUAAAAGGGUAUGACAGACUGCACAUUUUUAAGCAAGAACGUUCUAGUCAGUUUGCCAAAAGUUCCAUGAAUCAUAUUUUUUCCUCUUUGCCUGUUUUGCAUAUUGAUGUUUGAGCAUUUAGCAGUGGCUGUGAAUUGAACAACAAAUAUCCAUCUACAUUAUCUCACUCUUCUUACUAUGCAUUUCUAACAAAGAAGGGAGACACGUAGAGGAGGUGCAUGUCCCUACUUGGGGCCUUUCGUUGGUUUAGUCUGGUCGUAUUUGAAGACGGCUUCUCCUAAACUCACUCAGUCAACUGUUGUGUAAAAACUAACCAAGUACAUACAGUAAACACCAAUGAUUAUAGUGAAUUGUAAAAUACAAACUAAAAAUAAUUCAAAAUUUCAGUGACAGUAAGCAGCCAAGGGAAUCUGCAUGAACUCACCCAACGCUUAAACAAACCCCUUUGUAAUGAUCCGGUCAAUUCAUCAUUUGUGAUGGCAACAAUUUCAGCCAAAUCGUGUCAUUUCAGUGGAAAUGCAGCGUUCAGUGGAAUUAAUCUGCCUAAACUCUCCAAGUUCACGUGUUCGCUAUCCAAAUUUACAAUGCCAAAACUCCACUCUACCAAAGUGUAAACUGCUCCACAAAUGAGAUGCAGAGUGAUUUGCAUCUACUUCUGCCAGUAAUGACGCAGGAGAGGAUGGUAAAAAUACGUUCCCUUGAAAUGACUGUGCUAACUGUAUGAUUAGUGACCACAAGUCAAAAUAGUCUCGACGUCAGUGUCUGUAGCUUCAAACAACGCUUAUCUUGACAGAUGCCCAAAUAAAUUUUGUUGUGCCACUCUCUAGUGUGACCUGGCACUUUUGGCAAAACGGAUUUACCGUCACGACAAACAAGACAAUACACUGGUAUUGUUGAUGUAAAAAAGUCAACACUUGAUGAAAGAGCCUUGUUGAAAGAGUGCAAACGAUAAUACUACCAAGUUGUUUCAUGUUUGUUACUUUUUGUACUCUUAGAGGUUUAAUCGGUUUUUUUUCAUAAAUAAAAAUGUUAAUUAACACAAAAUUUGUCAAAAUGGAGUAAGUUAGUUUUGGAGAAACCGUAAUCACAUUCGAUCUAUUCUGUUUACAUAUUUACUUGUGAAAAGCCGCCCGUUAAAAUAACCAACUGUGUUCUAAGAAGAUAUUUGUAUUUUUGUAUUGUAUAAUUUCAACGGGUCUACUUUCUAUUUGCAUUUUAACAUGUUUUUGAAUGUAGUUUUAAGAUGAAAAAAAACUAAAGAGUUUUAACAAGGUAAUGCAGGACAUUCUCUACGCUGAAUGUAAUAAAAUGUUUCCAGUUUUAUAUUGAGAGAUUUAACAGCACAGACUUCCUGUGAUA